CGUCGUCUCCAAUGUCCUCUGCACUACAAUGCAUCCGAAUCUCCUCCAUUUCACCACUUCCUGCAACUGAAAACCGAGCUCCUCCUGCAUAACAUCGCUGUUGUGCGCGAACCUUCGCCGACCGACAUGGCGGCCACCAACUCCGGCGAAGCCCCUGACCAAGCAGAGCAUGAGUACGACCGUGAGAGCGAAUUGAAAGCCUUCGAUGCCUUGAGGAUUGGCGUGAAAGGCCUCGUCGACUCUGGAGUCUCCAAGCUCCCUCCUAUCUUCGUCGACCGCCAGCCUCGAUCGCCCGACCGCUCCGGUCCCACCGAGGCAAGCUUCAGCAUCCCGAUCGCGGACUUGGAAGGAGUUCAAGAGGAUUCCGGCAAGCGCAUGGAGACGAUCCGCCAGGUUGGCCAGGCGUGCGAGGAUUGGGGCUUCUUCCAGGUGGUGAACCACGGGAUCGGAGAUGGAGUCCUGAGCGGAAUCAUCGACGGCGUGCGGAGGUUUCACGAGCAGGAGAGCGAGGUCAAGAAGGAGCUGUACUCUAGAGAUGAGUCGAAGAAGGUGAUAUACAACACCAACUUUGAUUUCUACAGAGCACCGGUUGCGAAUUGGAGGGAUUCGCUGUGCUGUGCUAUGGCUCCUCACCCGCCGAACCCAGAAGAGCUUCCUCAAGUUUGCAGAGAUAUAAUAAUGGAAUAUUCAAGUCAACUCAUGAAACUGGGGCUUACCAUCCUCAAACUGCUAUCGGAAGCUCUGGGACUAAAUCCCAAGCAUCUUGAGGACAUGGGCUGUGCCAAAGGACUGUACUUCAUAGGACACUACUAUCCGAUCUGUCCCGAGCCGGACUUGACUCAAGGUCUGAGCAAGCACACGGAUAGCGCCUUCCUCACGGUGGUAUUGCAAGACCAGACCGGCGGCCUUCAAGUCCUCCAUGAAAAUCACUGGGUAGAUGUCAACCCCGUUCAUGGUGCUCUCGUGGUGAACAUGGGCGACAUGAUGCAGCUAAUCACCAAUGGUAAGUUCAAAAGCGUCUAUCACAGAGUAUUGGCAAAGAACGUCAGACCGAGAAUCUCGGUGGCCUGUUUCUUCAGAACUCAUUUCGAGCAAGAGGAUUCUCCCAGAAAGUAUGGACCGAUUAAGGAGUUGUUGUCGGAACAAAACCCUCCGCUCUAUCGAGAAACAACUGCAAAAGACUAUGUUAAAUACGUAUACUCAAAAGGUCUUGACGGGGUUCCUGCAAUAGACCAUUUGAAGCUGUGAUGAGUAAUCAAUCUGAAGCCGGUUCCUGCGCAGAAUGUCCAACUCAUGGUUUUCUUUAUUUUCAGAUGCAUUGUAAUUGCAACUUAGAGAGCUGCUACUUGUAUCCAAUAAACAGUGUUCACCACUCCCUGACUUCGCGACUGUCUCUAUUGCCACAUGUUUGCUGGGCGACGUAGGUGGUUAGGGCAGUGGCAUUGGCGGAGAUGGGUGGGGUUAAAAUCGAUAUCCUCUUGCAUGAUUGGAGAUAUGUAUGAUCUAAGGGUACAAUCGAGUCCAGUCAAGCCAAUGCACAGUUCAAAUGCUCAGGCUUAA